AUGGGACAGUUUCUAUCCUCACAACACAGCCAGCCCGAACACUCCGAUCAUCAGGGCCAGCAGACCACGUUUCAGCGAUUCAGCGAUUCCCUGCGGAGAUCACUGCGAUGGAAACGGGCAGCCCCUCCAGCCGAACGUGGCGGCACGCGGCCGGUAGAGUUGCAAUCUGAGGCUCAAAAGACCCCAACGCGAACUCCACUGCCUGCGAGUUUUCGCCAGGACAGCACUCCCCAGAGCCCCGAUCAUGCACCCUCGAACAAUGUCCGUGCAGUUGACCCUCCACAGAAGUCUCCGGCUUCUGCAGAGUCGCCAGUUAAGAGCCCAUCAAAGUUACGAGAGGACGAACCUACAACUAUAAAGCCUGUCGAGGUCUUGCCAGUUAAGAGUCAGUUUAACGCACCAACACCGGAAUCCACACCCGUAGAACUUUCCCAUGCCUCACCAGUGGAGACCCCAGCUAAUGCAUCUACGUAUGAAUCAAAGCCUGUUCAAGACCUCGUAACAUCGCCAGUUAAGAGUCAACCCAAAUCACCACAGACUGAGUCUACUCCCUCUGGAACCACUUCAGGCCCAAAUUCACCCACCUCGCCAGUGCAGCCCACAAUUUCAGAAGGCGUGAAAUCAACCAUUGAACACAGUUUGGCUUCAAUUCAAGCGAGUCAUGGAAGGGCUAGACUAAUGAUGAGUAAUAUUGCUAACAGUCAGGGUGAGAAGACAUCCGAUUCAAAGCCAAGUGUGGAGUCUCCACUGCGGCAGAACGAGGCUCGCCAACUCGUCGAAGAUAUUAUAUCCGCGUCGAAUCAAUCAGAGAAGAAGCAUCCUGCGGAUGAUCAGGUGGCUGUGUCCACAGCCGCUCCAGGCUCGAAGCUCGCGACAGAUCAGCCCUCCAAGGAGACCGAGCGCCACAAGGCUAGCGCUCUGAUUGACGUCCUGAAGAUGGAAGAAGAUGGUUCCGAUGGUUCUGAUGAUUCGUCGGCGGCACACUCUCACGAGUCAACAUCAAAGUCAUCAGAUGUAGAGCUUACUGACAAGGCACUUCACCAGGAGCCCGAAAACACAGAAUCGCGUGAAGUACUCAUGUCUGCCCUGGCCAAGUCCAUCAAACAUAAAAACACUGAGUCGCAUCCCGAACACCAAUUGGCAGAGAGCCGGACGACUACUGCAGAAGAUAGUGAUGACAAAGUUACUCAAGAGAAGAUAGCUGUUGUCAGCGAAAAGUCGGAUAAGGUGCAGCCCACUGAGAAGGAAUUGGAAUCGGUUCUGGCUAAGGCCAUCAUCAGUAAGGAGCAUGAAGUCCAUGAACGGAAAGAACUGGUUGCGACUUUAACAAACGCCAUUGCAAAGGAAGGACAAAAGCUUCAUCCGGAAAGGAUACACAACACAGUCGAGAGUGGAUUUCAUCCUGAAAACAAAGACAGGAAGUCUGAACACCUCGAAGAGGCCACGGUGCCCGCUCCUACAUUUGCAUAA